AUGGAUCCCAGCAUGCGCCAUGAUUCCUCGUACUCGGCCCCUUACGCCCAGGGGGCUUCACCUCGAGGGCGGCAUCCGCCUACAAGCAACGAUGCGACGGGUUUGUCUGACGGUUUGAAUCGACUAUCUAUUGGGACAGCCUCAGCGACUCCAUUACCUGUUUCUUCGCCUGCUUUGUCACCUGCUUUGUCUCAGAAAAGUUCAUCGCAGUUACGACAGCUAUCGCCAUUAGGGAACGUCCGUACCCCGCGGAAGACUCCCAGCUGCAACUCCCUUCGUGAUGAUCGCAGGACAUCAACGACAAGCUUAAAGAAACGCGUGUCGACGAGCUCCCUGCGUUCUACUUAUACCGCCGGUGGCCCAACUUCUCCGCGUCCCAGCUUGUCUAGACGGUCAUCCUCGAACUUCCUGACAUCACCUUCAGCAACCAACAUGCGCUCGAAGUCUCCUGUGGUCGAAGAGCCACCACCCACAGCUGCUUCUAUUGCCGCUGAACAUUUCCAGAAGGAAGUUGAAUUUCACUCUUCGGAGGACUUACAGUCCGAAACCUUGGUUGUGAUACAAGAUGCUUGUUAUGGACACAGAUUCUCGCGUCCGAGAUCGACGCAGGCAGCGCUGAAUACUAUUGUUGAGCGUCCAGAGCGUAUUCGCGCCAUUGUACUCGGCCUCAGUGUUGCAUAUGUGCGUAUUGGCAAGAGGCAUACUGGUGGACAAUUCCCCCCUCACCCAGAUCUGGACGUCAAGAUGCUCCCUGUGCCGCCGUUUCAGAUCCGCAAAACAGCCAGAAGCAUACCUUUGAAUUCGCCUGCAGUUACUCACAUCCACGGCACUAAGUGGAUGGAUGAUCUAAAGACCAUGUGCGCUGCGGCAGGAGAGCGGCUAGCCUCGAACCAGAAAGAGCUGGUUCGGCCACGCAGUUCAGGGAAGGAAGAUGCGAACGCUCCCAAGCUCCACGAAGGUGAUCUCUAUCUCUGCUCUGACUCUCUGGACGCUUUUCAGGGCGCCCUAGGUGGAGUGUGCGAAGGUGUGGAUGCUGUUUUUGGACCUAGUUCGACUAAGCGCGCCUUCGUAUGCAUCCGUCCCCCAGGCCAUCACUGUUCUUCGGGCCAUCCUUCUGGGUUCUGCUGGAUCAACAAUGUCCAUGUUAGUAUCAGCCAUGCUGCUAUGGAACACGGUCUCACCCAUGCUGCGAUUAUCGAUUUCGAUUUACAUCAUGGGGACGGUUCGCAGGCCAUUGCGUGGGAGCAAAACCGGAAAGCGGUCGCUGCCGGGAAGAACGCUGCUCCUUUCAAGAAAGUCGCGAUUGGUUACUUUAGUCUCCAUGACAUCAAUUCAUACCCGUGUGAAUAUGGUGAAGAGGACAAGGUUCGCAAUGCUAGUGUAUGCAUCGACAAUGCGCAUGGACAAUCUAUAUGGAACGUUCACCUCGAGCCAUGGAAGACACCGACAGAAUUCUGGCGACUGUACAAUGACAAAUAUUCAGUACUGCUCAAAAAGGCCCGCGAUUUCUUACGCCUGCACACUGAACAACUGGCAAAUACGCCCUCUGGCCCGGUCCCGAAAGCGGCCAUAUUCAUCUCUGCCGGUUUUGAUGCCAGCGAAUGGGAAAGUGCUGGCAUGCAGAGGCACAAGGUCAAUGUUCCUACCGAUUUCUACGCUAAAUUCACUUCUGACAUCGUAAGGCUUGCCGGCGAAGAAGGCUUGGGGGUCGAUGGCAGAGUCAUCAGUGUUCUUGAGGGAGGGUACAGUGAUCGGGCACUGACCAGCGGAGUAUUGAGUCACAUCUCAGGUCUAGCGGAUCCACGAAGCAAUGUCUCUGGUGCUGAUGCCCAGCAAAAUGGCCUCGCUUUGGAAAUGAUCGGACGCCUAGGUCUUAAUGAAAACGCCGGUGAUAUUUCUCCCACACACGUUGAAGAGCCAAUUAUAUUUGAUACCAAAUGGUGGGCACCUGAGUUAUUAGAAGAACUGGAAGCUUUGGUAUAUCCGCCCACUACACCAUCCAAACCGCGUGAAAAGGUGCCUACUUUCUUUGCUCCUACAGCGGCGUCUACCGCUAAAGCUGUCACACCGUCUCGGGAUCGCAAAUCAGGUGGUGAAUUAAAUAUCCCUCCCCCACUUCCUGAGGUGAACUGGUCGACUGCUAGUCAUGAGCUAUUCAAGGUCCUCAUACCAAGCGAUCGCCAGACCAUGAGCUGUCGCGCGGAGGACCUCAAGGUGGAAUCCUCCUCUCGAGCUCGCCGAGAACGACAAGCGGCCCCAGAAGGGGCACAGAUGCCUGCUAAGGAGCAGGGUCGCAUGCAACUUCGUGAGAGGAAGCCCAAAGCAUCUGUUCCCUCGACGCCCAGGCGUCCGGCACCGAAGACUAAUCGGAGAACUACCAUCGGCGAUGUCGCUGAUCUCCCGGAUCCUUCACGCGGAAAGUCGCCAGCUGUCGGUUCCUCCAAAAGCAACCGGAGACAGAGUGCUACUAUCAGUUCAAGACCUGCGACGGCCACUGGCACAAAACCGUCAGAUAUGUUGGGCGCAAAAAAGACCAAAUUGAGCGGGUCCCGUGGCUCAACACCGAAGCGAUCAGCUAGCCCUAGAAAAGCCGUUCCUCCUGUGCCGAAAGUGCCCUCACCAUUUUUGGCAGAGCCCUCGGCAGCGUCUUCGGUGGCUGGUGUGUCUUCGACUUCGGGUACACAGAGGCGAGUUUCUGCGGGUGGAGAGACGCAGAACAACGAUAUGGAUAAUCUUGCCGCGGGAGUGCGGAAACUCAAUAUCAAACUGAAGGUUCCAUCACCUGAAGAGAAUGCUCUUCGCGAGAAAAACGCUGCAGAUCAGCACAAGAAGACUACGUCCAGGUCUCCUAAGAAGUCCGCGACAUCGAAACCUCAACCUACUGCUCCCAAAUCUGCAGCAAGGACGCCCUUGGCUGCAAAGGUGCCACUCGCCCAAAGUCACAAUGAUCCAAUGUCUGGGCCUUCUUCUCCGUCUCCUACGGUAUCAGGGCCAAACAUGCCACAAAUGACCGUGAUGACCGGUAAUGUUGGGGAGGUCGUGCGAGGCCAUAUCCCUGGACCACCUCAGCGAUCUGUUUCAGAUACCAUGUCUCCCCCACUUACUCCAGGUACUUCACAUGAUAUGCCAUCACCGCAGAUAUCGGUACACUCGCCACCUGCGUCUGUGGUGCAGCCCAAACAGAAUCUACCUGUUUUCACGUCUACUGGACCGAUUCCAUUCGCUAAAACUCAGGUGUCCGUUCCUCACCAGGUCGAUGAAAGCCGCGUGGAAAACCGGCCCCCGUCGUCUUCUGGUCAUCCCCAUCACCCCUACGAGCAUAUGCCAUAA